AUGGACUCAGCAGCGAACUCGUACUCGAGGGGGCCUUCCAACUCGUAUACCGCUCGCCAAGCCGACUACCUACAAGAAGAGUAUCGUCCCAGCCUUCUACUCGACUUGUCGCGCGACACCCUAUCUCAUCCCUCCGCGUUCGCCGCAGCCCACCCCUCUCGGCUCGACGCGCAGCCCCCCGCUGGGCCGCACGCUGUGCCGUCUUCGUCGAACUCGAUGCGCUCGCCGAUAUUGGAGCCCCAUCCGCCCCUAUCGCACUAUGCGCCUCGAUCCGCGGUCGAAGCGACUUUCGACCACAGGUUGCGCACUCUGUCGGCUCCUCUCACUUCGAAUGCUCAACCACAGUGGUCGCAUGGCGCGCAAGUUGAUCUCCCAGGAGGAGACGACCAGCUCGGCGCCGGGUCGACGUCGAACUACAAGGGCCCCACAGCACACUGGUCUCCCGGCACCUCUCCGAUGGCCAUAACUCAUAGGAGACUCCUCAGCGCCUCUAUGAUCAUGGACUCGUCUCCUCCUUCGUUUCACGCGAUGCCGAUAGGGGCCGGGGCGGCCAACGUCGCAACCGGUUAUCAACCUCAGACCACUCAUCACAUUGAGCAAGCCCAGUCUACUGGCCCCGCCCACCAGGCACCGUCAGCGAGAUCGUCUGCGUAUCAAAUUUACUCCAAUUUGACCUCGCUACCUCCACACGUCGCCUCGUACAGUGCCGUGAGUGGCAACCCGCUCUCCACGCUCUACCCCGAGCUCGACCCUGGCGAAGGGCACCGGCCUUCUUCCCUUAGCUACCCCCCCACGGGGUGCGGCGGCUUCACCUUACCGAGCAACGCGAUUGAAAGCACUCGGUCAAAUCGUUGGCAUCCGAGAUCGUCCCGUAUUCCUUCCACUGCGAGGCACUCACCAACGCCCCCACUCCCGCCGCAUGCGCAAGCCAGCUACACGUUCCCCGCCGACCCGACCGCCGGCGCGUCGAACGCGAUCCCAAUGUCGCUUCAUUACUCGCUCCAACCGUCCGAGUAUCACUCUGAAUCUUUCGCUUCCGAAUCGAAUGGUCGGGGCGGUCAAAGUGUAUCCACGCAAGGGCGACCGCCGCCGCCCACUUCGAACUCGUCGUCAACCUCACACGGCGAUGAGCCCUCGCUAGGGGUCUCGCGCGACGCGUACAAGGGUACCCGUGCUGCACGCGAGACCGCCUCGGGGCAGACCGCAUUCCACCCUGCCCCUCUUCAAGGCGUUUUCAUCAAGCGUUCGCCCUCGUGGAGUACGUCGGACCACUCGGACGAGGAAACUUCGGUCGGCGAGGACGGCGUCAAGAAACGUCGUCGCCGUCGGCGUGCGAAUGAACCGCCGAGGGACGCCGCCACGCGCCGUUUCCCGUGCCCUCAGUGCGGCAAGAUGUUUGCCAGGUACGUUGCGCUCCAGCCACGUGGAGUCAUUACGAGAUGAAUUACAAUUGACUAAAUCGAAUAUUAUUUGUGUUUGGUCACGCUCAUCACAGGCCUUCUGCGCUUAGCACUCAUGAGGUACGUUCCCCCUUCCCUUGCCAGCGUUCGUGCCGGUGACCGGCGUGCUCAGACUACGCGCGCGCUCAUUCUCCGUCCUCUACUAGCGCUCACAUUCGAAAGAAAAGCCGCACCUCUGUCCCAACCCGAAGUGUCAGCGUCCGUUUGCUGUACCUUCCAACCUACGUCGGUAUGUCUGCCUUAGAUUUGCAUUCGAUGUAGUGACUUUCCUCAGGAGACUGACACUUCCACCCUUUCCCCCCCCCCCCCCCCCCUAUCCCACCCCAUUUCUAGGCACCAAAAAGUCUAUGUGAGUGCAGGCACCACUCGUUCGGAAACGAGCCACAUCUAACCACGUUUCAUUCUCUUACAACAGAACCACUUUGGUCCCGAAGGCGAGGACGGCAAGUCGAGCAGCAUCAGCAGCGUCAAAUCCCACUCGCGCGCCGCAUGGCAAGAAGACGACGACGAUGAGCUCGAUCACGCCCAGGACGAUUCGGACGAGGUCAUUCGUCAAUCGCCGUCGCGCACUCGGCGACGCACCGAGCUGUCCUGA